AGCUCUAAAGAUUCUAAAAUAUGGACGCCGCAACCAGCUCGGCGCUGAGACGUCAGUGGUGUGUUUUAUGAUAAACUUAACAUCAGGAGAGGAAUCUUCGGUUUAGCUCUCACUGAAACAUGGAACCUGAAAUCCGCCACCCACGCCCUGAAGCUGGAAAUGCUGAAGAUCCAGCCAAGGACAAUCAGGCUAUUGAUGCUGUAAUCAGCAAAGUCAAAUCUCAGGGAAUGUUUGAUCAGUUCAGAAAGGAGUGUCUUGCUGAUGUUGACACGAAGCCUGCCUAUCACAACUUGAUUCAACGUGUUGAGAAGUUUGUAGAGCAUUUCUUACAUGGCCAGAAAUGGAGUUCCAGUGUCAACAAAAAUCAGCUGAGAGAGACCCUGAGACGCCAGUUAAACAACUCUGGAAUGAUGAACAAUGGCAUUGAGAGGAUCAUUGAACAAGUGGUCAAUCCAAAAAUUCUCUUGGGCAUCAAGCCGAGGAUUGACGAAGCAGUCUGCAAGCACCUGGGCAUUGACCUCAAGGCUCGUCAAGAGGAACAGCAGAGAAGAAAACAAGAACAGCAAAAGUUGUUGGAGCAGCAGCAACAGCUGCAGCAGCAACAUCUGCAGAGUUUGAUGAACCAAACUGUGAAGAAAGGUGAAGACUUUGAGGUUGCUGGAGGGAUGAUUCCCCCUACUCCUGGCACCCCCUGGCCUCCUCCUGUCGGACUGGGGGGUUUCCCCGGUCCUCCCAUCAGCGGCGCAGGCAAUCCCAAUGCGGGCACACCAGGUCUUCCGCGAGCCCCUGGUCCCCCCAUACCCCCACACCCUAUGGGGCCAUUUGGGGGAAUGAUGCACCCAUUCCCUAUGAUGGGUGGCUGGCCCCCUGUACCAGGGAUGGAAGGUUUCAAUCAGACGAUGCCACCAAUGAUCCCAGGACACCCUAUGAUUCCUCCACUGCGCAGUGGUAUUUCCUCCACAACCCCGCCCGGAGUUAACGCCUUCAGCUCAACAGCUUCCCCUAACCCAGUCUCCAUUAACAAUUCCUUCAGCAGCCCUCCUGUGCCCACCCAGACCACCUCCACAUCAGUGAUCCCGGACCUGAGCAGACCCCCGCCGGGCCUCCCUGCUCCCGUCGGGCCCGGCUCUGGCAAGGCUAGUGUGGGUGGAGUCUCCCCGGUGGUCCCGGGUCGGUCAGUGCAGUCGAGUCCCGUUGCUCCCCCUGGCGUGAUGGUCACCUCCGUCAGCAGCAUACGUCCCCCUCCACCAGGGUCUGUCCCUCCCCCGCCUGGCACUGUCCCCAUCAUGCCUCCUAUGACGUCACCGUCAUCCUCAGGGGUGCGACCAGCUGUUCCCACGACCCCUACUAUCCCAGCUCUCAUUUCCCAUACGUUGUCAAAAGUUUCUGAGGAUGAACUGACUCCUGAGAAAAUUGCUGUCUUCAAAACGGCUGCUGCAUUUAUCACUAAGACUGUCAGCAAUGCACAAGGCACUCCAGGGGUGGAUCUGGCUUCGAUGUUCUCACCUCGUGUGCUAGCUGAAGCAAUGAUGGAAGAGUCCGGAAAGCCUUUAUCAAAGCAUGAAAUCCGAGCAGCAAGACGCAAAGAAAGACUGAAAGAGAUUGAGAGAAUCAAAGCUGAGAGAGAAAAGGAGAAUAAAGAUCAUGACAAAACGAGAGAGCUGGAGAAAGAUGACAGGGAGGAUCCUCUCCCCCCUACACACAAUUUAAUGGAUGUAUUUCAAGGUGCCGAGGACGUAUCUGAUGAUGAGGAAGCUCUGGACAUGCUUAUGGAUGCCGAUGAGGAAGAGGACCGGCAUAAACAAGGUGUGGUCUUGUCAGACGACUCUGACAAAGAUGGAGAAGACCAACCUCCCACUAGUCAACCAGGAAAAAGGUAUAAUUUUGCCUGGGAUGUGGACAAAGACAUGGAUGCCAUGUCGGAUGUCACAGUGAGUUCUAUACACACUAGUGACAUCUCCUCUUUUGAAGAAGAGGAAGAUUCAGAACAAGAAGAGAAGAGUGAGAAGGAGGAAGGGCUCGUGUCUGAUCAAAGUGAUGUGGAGGAAGAGAAGAACAAACAAGAUUCCUCAUUUGGUACUCCUGAAACAACAGCAUCCAGGGAUGUUGAAGAUGGUGAAAACGCCGAGUCAGACGCUGGCAAAUCAGCGAAUUCCAUCUUCAAUGUUGAGGCCCAGGACUCAGAGGUGGAAAAGAAAGCCAGUGAUCAUGAGAGUCUUUUUGCCCCGGAUGUUGUUCCUCUAAUUCCUCCGAUCGCUCCUCGCGGCGCUAGUAAGCCCAGCCGACCGAGUCGCUCCCAGGCAUCAGAGGGUGCAAAGCCAAGGAAGCUGAUCUCCCUGUCCUACAAGUACAGUGACAGCGAAGAUGAAGAGUCGAGAGAGGAAAGAAAAGCCAGAAUUGCAAAGGAGAAGGAGGAGCGCUAUCUGAAGCGCCAGCAACGUCGUUUGGAGCUGGAGGCCAAGAAAAAGGAGAGGGAGGAGGAGAAAGCUCGUCUCAAAGAAGAGAAGAAGAAACAAAAGGAGAGUCUGUCACUCUCAGAAUCCCAGGAGGGAGGCGAGCCAGUAGCAGAAACGCCAGCAGCAGAAGUUUCAGACACUCCAUCGUCUACAGUUGUGGAUUCCCCUACAAAGUCUACCCCCAGGAAACGUAAGAAUAAAGCAGAGAUGAAAGAGCAACUGCAUCAACAGAAGGUCAUGGAAAAGAAAGCAGCCCUACGCCGGCGCCGGACACGGAACAGGAAAUAUGCCUCCGACGAGUUUACCUCUAUCUUUUCCGAGCGUAAAGCCCUCACUCAGAGUUACACAGAAGGAGUCGUGGACUCGGAGGAAAUUGUCACCUUUGACGGGACCGUGGAGGUUGUCGAGAUGACCGUUGACCAGGAAUGUGUUGUAGAGACUGUCGGUGAAAUUGUCGAGACUGGGGACAGUCACGCCUCGAGGAAACCGGGAGAGGAGGAGAAAGGGGAAGAACUGGUGCUGCAGUGUCCCUCACCAUACAGCGACAUCUCCGAUAGGUCCAUGUCAGACAAGUCUGAGAGCGACCACUCUGAGGUGGAGAUGGAGAAAGUCUCGUCGGAUGACGAUUUGGACAACGAUGAUUUAAAUGUGGCAUAUGUGGAGGGAGCUCAAUCCGCCUCUAUUGGGUCGUCACUGUCAGAAGAAGGUGUUGGUGUAGAGGAGAAGGCUACUGUGGCCUCUACAGAGGAGGAUUCAGCACGACCAGCACAGGCUGGGGAGAAUGUCAAAGAAACAGCCUCAGAGAACAGUAAAUCGCCAGAAGAUGAAACAAGAGAUACCUCUUACAGUCACCAAGCAGGUGACCAGUACCGACCUCGUGGAAAUCACAGGCAUAUGGCAACCCCACCCUCUUCUGUUGAGGAAGAUACUGAUGCUAGGGCCUCUAAAGGUCGUCGAUCCGUCCCGUCAGACGAAGAAGAAAAAGGGUCUGUGAAAAGCGAGAGCCGCCCUUCAUCCGCUAAAGGUGUGGUAGAGCUCAGCCAAGAAGGUGUGGAGUCCUCGUCUGCCGGUGCCCCGGUCCAAGCUAGCUCUCCCUCUGAGCCUGUGAACAUCAUGGGAGACUUGGAGCUGGAGCCUGUGUCAGACGAGGACUCUCCGUUUGAUGAUCUCAACUCACCUGACGCCGCUGGCAAUGCGGGAAAAGAAGAAGGAGAAGAGAAAGAUUCUGAUACUGAAAUGAAGCAGCCUGAACCUGUCAGAACAGAAGUUGGACGAAAGACUCCUGAAAGCGUCUCACAGGCGCCCGUUGAAAGGGAGGAGCCUGAGGAAGGAGAGGGAUCAGAUGAGGGGGAAAUAAAAAGUGACUCUGACGGACCACCAGAAGUGACGGAGGAAGAGAAAGAGCGGCAAGCCAAGAGGAAACCAAUCAAGCUCGUGGACUUUGGCGAAGCAGAAAAGAGGGCUCGGGAGUCACGAGGAGGGUACUACCCCGAGGCUGAUCGUCGCACCCCAAGGACACCCAGUCUGGCAACCCCUUACAGACCCGGCUAUUCCUCUUGGCAAUCUCAAGAGUACACCCUGAGCUCCAGCCGUGGGAGUGGGUACAGUGGCUCCAGUGGUAGAUUCACAUCCUCCCAUGAGGGCACACACCCCUCCAGCGCCAAGUCCCCCGCUGCGGCGUCCUUUGAUGGCGAGUCAGAGGCCAGCUCACACAGCCGCACCUCUGUGAGGGUGAGAGAUGAUGUGCCCCCACCCUACCCCAUGGAAGGUGUGAACGCCACCAGGAAGCAUCGAUCACCUGGGUCAGAUCAAGGUUCUUCUGGGGCUUUGAAAGCAGGCAUGUCUCCCCCUUCACCAGUAUCAUCUUCAUCGUCAUCUCGCUCUGCGUCACCAAGAUCUCGUCGUUCAAGGUCAAAGUCUAGGUCAAGGUCUAGAUCAUCUUCCUCUUCAUCCUCGGCUGCGUCUUCAUCAAGGUCUUCUCGAAGAAAGAGGAAGGCAAAAAGUCUGUCGAAGAAGAAAAGGAAACACAAGCUGGAAGUGUCAUCAAAACAGGCAGUGAUGGAAAAAUUCUCUCCACUAAAAGCUGCAGAGGAUUUGCCACCUGCUAAGGUGGAGGCAUCUCUUGUCAAGCAACGAAAGCUUUCCUCUGGCAAUGAGUCCAUCUCGUCUGAUGAACUGCCGUAUUUCCCUGAUGAUGUGCCUGAGACAGCCGCAGCCAAACCAAAACGAAAACGCUCUCUUAGCGGCAAGUCUUCCUCUUCCGGUAGUUCCUCCAGUCGUAGCAAGCGCAGGAAAAGAAGGAGAAAGGGAGACUCUCCAGGCAAAGAGUCUAUCUCCUCCAGUGAGCUCAUCUAUUCACCAACGAGACUCAAGUCUCCGGUUGGCUCAGACAGUGAUGAGGAUGUGCCAGAGAUUCCCAAACCUCCCAUCUCCCCAGCUGGAAGCUCCAUCUCCUCAGGUGAGCUUCCUGACUACGCUGGCGAUGACAUGUCCACUGCCCGACCUCUGGCUUACUCACCACACCGUCCGCCCUCACCUUCGGAACGGCUCCCCAUCACAACAGACUUUGAUGGGUUCCAACCUCCCCUACCUCAGGAGAUGCCACCUGACUUCGAGAAUUGUCAGCCUCCCCCUCCUCCCCCAUCCCCUCCCCCCAUGCCUCCUCCCCCUCCAGCAUAUGAAGAAGGGGAGAUCAGUGACUCUUCACAACCACGCUCCCCUGAAGCACAAGUAGAAAACACCAGUACCAACGAAUCUUUUACAAAGAAAGGGGACUUUUAUCAAAUGCCAUCUGACACUGUUGGACCUUCGGCUAAUGAAAGUCAAACCAAAACUAAGAACAAAGAUGACUUUUGUAAAGAAAUGUCUGAAAAUCCCUCUGAAACUUGCAGCACUGUUAAUGUAGGAACAAAUCUGAAGACUGUUAAAGAUGCUGCUGGCCAUAACCGUCCCGUCGAUUCAUUUGCUGAAAAGCAGCCAGCAUCUGAAAAAGAUCAAGUGACUUUGGGGAAUUCGCCCUCCGGCGAUGUUACUCUUGACCAAGUUCCGGACAGCUUGUCACAACAUGUAGACAGUGUUCAGGACAGCUCUACAGUAAGUGGUACCGAGAAGCUGAACUGCCCUGCCUCCAAGUCUGAAACCCCACAAACAGAAGACAGACUUUUAGCAGAGACAGAGUUGUCUAGGUUCAAUUCAGAAUCAAAAGCAUCUGUCGUGACAACUGGACCUUCAGUUUCAUUGUCUAGUCCCCCACAGCUACCUUCACUAAAUUUUCUGCGUCCCAAUUCAGAAGAUUUGGCUCAGAAAGAACCAGGCAACUCUGUGGACAUUUGCCCCACAGAGAAUGUUUCUAACCUUCAGGAUACCCAGGAGUUAGUGACAAGUGGCGAAAUUUCUCAAGAUGCAGCGGUAAUAAUCUCUCAGCAGCAUUUAGAUGUUGGUGGAAUUGUGAGUAGUCCUCCGUCAGAUUCCUGUUCCAACAUCUCUCACGCACAAAACUCUAUGACAGCUCUGACACAGUCUGGGACUGUUACUCCUCACACCGAACCAUCAGACCAGUCUACGGAUAUCGCUAGUCGCACAGAAACACUACCAGAAUCUGGGUCUAACGUUAACCCUCCCUCGACUGAGGAGUCAUCUCCUCAGAGAUCACACAAUGAAGUAAAAAGUACUAAAGAUGAAACUCAGCAUUCCACAGCAGAGGAAGAUCUGCUGCUAAAGGUUGUCUCCCCCCAGAGUGUUCAGGACAGUACCGAUACUAGCUGUGAAGUAGAAACCCCUGAGUCUACAGCACCACUAGCAGCAGAUCAGAUUGUUGCAGAAGAAGCUUCGUCUAGGGGAGAGAACAAAACAGAAUCUUUUUUGGAGUCUGCUUCGUGCUCUACGGUCGCUGGGGAGGGCAACCAGGUGAUAUCUGAAAGUUCUACUUCCUGUCAAGUUCCAAGCAUUCCUUUAGAGCUUCCGAAAGAGCAAACAAACUCAGAAACCAGUCGUCCUCCGGAACCAAAGCCACAAGAUACAAAUUUAUCUGAGAAGUUAGAGACAGCUUCAGUGAGUGUUUCUGAAGAUAUUCAAACAGAGAAUGUUGUGUUUUCAGAUGUUGUAAAAAAGGAGGAGAAGAGUGAGAGCUGUGGUGAUGUCAGUGAGACCUCAAGACAUGAGAUGCCUUUGGAUGAGUCUCCCUGUGAGACUGCCAAAGAAGGCAGCCCUGGUUCAGUACAUUCUUUGGGUGGAGAAAUCCAAGAAGACAAAGGAGAAAAAUUAAAUGUUUUACCGGGGCCGCAGUCUCUUGGGUCUCCGCCUUCUUCAAGUUCUCAAAGUGACGAUAAAUCAGAACAAGAUCAGAUGAUACAUCAAUCCACUGAAAAACAAGGCACUGAUGGGGUUGAGGCAUUAGUCACGGAGUCAGAAUCUGCUCAAACUGCGCAAAAGCCAACUUCUCCACAAGACAUUAGGGCCUCUAGAAAGAGAGCCGGUGCAGAUUGUGGUGUCAGUUCUCUGGAAAUAGAGGCAAGUGAAAGUGAGACGGGACAUUCUUUGAGCGGAGACAGGCUUUCAACAGAGACUGACUGCGUAGGAAGUUCUCCAUCGCGGCCAGGGACACGACUGCAGCAACAGCAGCAGUUGGAGAGCUCUGUGCCGCAGACCAGAGGUCGUUCGGGGUCUGGUUCAGGUACCAGAGAAACCAGAAGUCGUCGGGAGAGAAGUCCACCUGCCAAGAAGCAAAAAAAGUAAUUGUUAACAAAAAUAAUCGUUUAUCAUACGGACCAGUAGAUGUCUUUACACAAUCUUUUUUUUAUUUCUUGGAGCCAAAUUGCAGCUGGUUGAUGACGACCCUGAUGUGGACUGCUCCUACUUUUUGUCAGUUUUAUUUUUGUCAGAAUCUGUUCCUGACAGUAGUUUACAGACCCAUCAUAAACAACAACAUAAUAACUGAACAAUACUUAUGGUAUAAUAUUGCUGUUCUUAACUCUGUCUGUUCCAUGUGUCAGUACAUCAGUGCCUUUCCAGUCACCUUUUGACCUUGUGCUGAUAAUUUUUAGCACAGAGAGAGAAAAGGGUUUAACAUGUUAAUCUGUAAAUUGUCUCUUUCUCAUUUUUGUUGUGCAUGAAUGAAAACAGCAAGGAGGUAUAAGACUUGUUUGUAAAAAGCAUUCAGUGCUUCUGUCUUUACUGCAGCAGCUACUCAAAUCCAGUGUUAAUGCCAUAUAUCUCCUUAUGUUAUGUCUCAUGAACUAUGUUGUCCUUACUGUACAGGCUUUAGCUUGUUAAUUUUUUUUUCCUCUAGGCUGUUUGUCAAAGUAUAGCUUGUCACAUCAGUUAGUUAGCUUCUAACAUUUGUUUCUUCGCACUGUCUUGGUGAGUGUAGAAAUAUGUUUGUAGAACCUCAGCUUGGAAGUGAGCAAAAGUUUCAAGUUAUGGUCUUUUUAGGCUUUUCAGAAUAAGAAGGCAUUUAGAGAAAAAGGUAUUAUAGAUUAUUUUACAUGUUUCUGGACUUAAUCAUAGUCCCCAUUUUAAAAGGUUUCUGCGUCAAUAGUUGGUCUCCAGCAGAGAUAUGGGCCCCCGAACGAAAACACAUUUGAUGGACUUGCCCUCUUAUUAUUCUUCUGUUUGCUGUAAGUGGAAAAAAUUGCAUCUAAGAAUGUUUUCCUUUUCUGUGAACUAAAUAAGAAUUCUUUUAUCAUCCAAUCUUUUAAUGUCUGUGUAACAUUCUUUUUUUUUUAGAAGAGCUUCAGAGGUUAGAUGGAAAGAAAGUGUUAAGUUUAAGAUGUGAAGCUGGUUGUUUAGUGUUUUACUUUAAUUGUUUUGGUUAUGAAUGAAUGUUUGCCUGUUAUAUUUACUAGUGAUGUAUUGUGUUGUUUGUUACAAAAAACAUAUUUGUGAAUGAGCGUUCUUUUAUCCUGCUGAUCUGAAAGUAUUCCUGUGGCUUAUUACUUUCUUUGUUUUUCCUCCUGUGUUGUUGUUUCUGUCUUCCUUUUAUUGUAGUGACCUCAUUUGUACUCUGGUCUGUACUGCCCAGUUCAUUUGUAGGCUAUUCUGUACUGCCAGCAUCUUUGUACACUGUAUCGCCAACAUUUAUGGUUAUGAGCUAUUAUUAUUAAUACAAAAGGUAGUGAUGAAUGUUUGCGUGUUGCUUUUGGACAGGGGGAAGAAGGAUUGAAUGUCAUAUUUUUUAUAGGGGGGAAGGGGGAUUUACAAGGUUUUUGAGCUAUUGAACUUUUGGAUUUUUAAAACAUGAAAACUGGUUUUGUACCCUUCAACUGACCAUCAAAAUAAAAGUGGCAUUUAUUGAAACUGUAAAAUA